UCUGAUUCCGUCCUGCGUGACUGUUCUUUCGAACGGUAGUCUUUUAUCUCCGUCCACUUUCUCUCCCACCGAAGUGCGUGCCACCAACCCAUGGAAGAUUCGAUGGACAUGGACAUGAGCUCCCUGAGGCCCCAGAACUAUCUUUUCGGUUGUGAACUAAAGGCCGACAAAGAUUAUCACUUUAAGGUGGAUAAUGAUGAAAAUGAGCACCAGUUAUCUUUAAGAACGGUCAGUUUAGGGGCUGGCGCAAAGGAUGAAUUGCACAUUGUCGAAGCAGAGGCCAUGAAUUAUGAAGGCAGUCCAAUCAAAGUAACACUGGCAACUUUGAAAAUGUCUGUGCAGCCAACGGUUUCCCUUGGGGGCUUUGAAAUAACACCACCUGUGGUCUUACGGUUGAAGUGUGGUUCAGGGCCUGUGCAUAUUAGUGGACAGCACUUAGUAGCUGUGGAGGAAGAUGCAGAGUCAGAAGAUGAAGAGGAGGAGGACGUGAAACUCCUAAGUAUAUCUGGAAAGCGUUCUGCCCCUGGAAGUGGUAGCAAGGUUCCACAGAAAAAAGUAAAACUUGCUGCUGAUGGAGAUGAAGAUGAUGAUGAUGACGAUGACGAUGAUGAUGAAGAUGAUGAUGAUGAUGACUUUGAUGAUGAGGAAGCUGAAGAAAAAGCUCCAGUAAAGAAAUCUGUACGAGAUACUCCAGCCAAAAAUGCACAAAAAUCAAACCAGAAUGGAAAAGACUCAAAACCAUCAACACCAAGAUCAAAAGGUCAAGAAUCCUUCAAAAAACUGGAAAAAACUCCUAAAACACCAAAAGGACCUAGCUCUGUAGAAGACAUUAAAGCAAAAAUGCAAGCAAGUAUAGAAAAAGGUGGUUCCCUUCCCAAAGUGGAAGCCAAAUUCAUCAAUUAUGUGAAGAAUUGUUUCCGGAUGACUGACCAGGAGGCUAUUCAAGAUCUCUGGCAGUGGAGGAAGUCUCUUUAAGAAAAUAGUUUAAACAGUUUGUUAAAAUUUUCCGUCUUAUUUCAUUUCUGUAACAGUUGAUAUCUGGCUGUCCUUUUUAUAAUGCAGAGUGAGAACUUUCCCUACCGUGUCUGUUAAAUGUUGUCCAGGUUCCAUUGCCAAGAAUGUGUUGUCCAAAAUGCCUGUUUAGUUUUUAAAGAUGGAACUCCACCCUUUGCUUGGUUUUAAGUAUGUAUGGAAUGUUAUGAUAGGACAUAGUAGUAGUGGUGGUCAGACAAAUGGAAAUGGUGGGGAGACAAAAAUAUACAUGUGAAAUAAACUCAGUAUUUUAA